AUGACGUCCGGAGCCGCAUGGGAACCUGUACACCACCGAGUAUUUGUGGACUUGUGCGUCGUGCAAAAGAUAUCGGGGAAUCCACCUAGAAUGCAGCAAAUAUUGGAAGUUUUUCAAGAAACGACGGGAACCAGGUUCACCGUAGACGAGCUUAUCAAUCAUUGGGAUACAAUGGUCAAGCAGUGGAAGAUAUGGUGUAAACUUGUUCAAAGCAGAGAUAUGAAAUGGGAUUCCCUGACAAACACGUUUGGUGCCAGUGAUCAAGAAUGGGCCAACUAUUUACAGGUGAAUCCUGAGGCUGAGCAGUAUCGGUGUAAUCCCCCAUUGUUCCUCAAGAAACUAGAUGUUAUCUUUGAAGGUACUAACUUAGAUGGUGAAGGUAACAGCAACAGGAGCCAAGGAUGCGAGCAUCUUGAUAAAGUAAAUGAUGCCGGAGUAGAAGCUAUCCUAACCGCUUCUAAUAUCUUGGAUCGUCGUCGUCAUCGUCGCACUAAGUGGACAUCAUCCGCACAUGCGAUUUUUGUCAACUUGUGUUACCAAGAGUAUUUAAAAGGAAGAAGACCAGUAAAAUAUGCCGGAGUUUAUCCAAAGGAAACUUGGAACAUGAUGCAGGAGACGAUCAAUCGGAGCGCUAAAGGAGUAGGCUACACAGUUGUCCAGAUCAAGAGGCAUUGGGACGUUACCAGAAGAACUUGGAAGCAAUGGUGUCAAACUAUUGACUCUCCCAUCAUGAAGUGGGAUGCCAAUACACGUACGUUUGGUGCAACGCACGAGGACUGGAAUACCUACUUGAAGGUAAAUAAAAAUGAUAUAGCUAAAGCGUUCAGACGGAAGAAUAUUCCUCACGCUGAUAAACUGGCAACCAUCUUCAAAGGAGAUGUUGAACCGAAGAAAGUCAAAUCAGCUCGGAGAGUGAUCGAUCAUCAGUCAGAAUCAUCACAGAUACAUCAAGAACCAGUUCCAUCAUCAACAGUAGUCAUCUACACAAACGAGCCAGUCAUCACAGGACGUGAAGAUAGAGCUGAGGGUGAUGAUGAAAAUGAUGAGCCUACUGAACUGCUGUCUAGGUCAGACUCAGAGGAUGAAGAUGUUGAAUCUGUGAAUCCGGGAAGUCAGAGUUUUAAUACCGAGCCGAUGGAGGAGAAGAGUCCGGUGACUGCAUCGGUCAAGAAGAAGGAGUAUACCAUGGAAGAGUGCAUGGAGUGUUUGGAUGCAAUGGAAGAGGUUGAGAAAGGCAGUGAUCUGUACAUGUCGGCGUUAAAUUUGUUUCUGACGGAAGAGUACAGACAGAUCUUCUUGCUGUUGGGCAAUCCAAGUUUGAGAAUGUCUUGGCUGCUUCGACGUUAA